AUGCCAACCCCAAACGCCUCCAGUUCUUCAGCCAAAGGCUUCCGGCGGGCAGUAUCAGAGCUGGACUCUAAACAAGCCGAGGCCAUCAUGUCUCCACAAUUCAUAGGUAGACGCCAGAGUCUUAUUGAAGAUGCCAGAAAGGAGAGAGAAGCUGCUGCAGCUGCUGCAUCAGAAGCUGCUGAACUGACUGAGACCAUUGUCUUUGAUGAGAAGGAUGGGAUAGCCGUGUUGAAUCUUCUGUUCACACUUAAAGGAGGGAAGACUUCACUGCCAUCUCGUGCACUUAAAAUCUUUGAGACCUUUGAAGCCAAAAUUCAUCAUUUGGAAACAAGGCACUGUAAGAAAGUACAAGAAGGUUCUCCUGACCUGGAAUACUUUGUGCGAUGCGAACUCCAUUGCUCUGCGCUGAGCACAUUCAUCAGUUCCCUUAAAAGGGUGUCAGAAGAUGUAAGGAGCACAAAAGAAGACAAGUUUCAUUGGUUUCCAAGAAAAAUUUCGGAGUUAGAUCUAUGUCACCAUUUAGUUACCAAAUUUGACCCUGAUUUGGAUCUGGAUCACCCAGGAUUCUCUGAUGAAGUAUAUCGUGAGCGAAGGAAAAUGAUUGCAGAAAUUGCUUUUCACUAUAAGCAUGGAGACCCAAUUCCUCGAGUUGAAUACACAGAAGAGGAGAUUACUACUUGGAGGGAAGUGUAUAGUACUCUGAAGAGUCUUUAUCCCACUCAUGCUUGCAAAGAACACCUGGAUGCCUUUCAUUUACUGGAGAGGUACAGUGGUUAUAGUGAAAACAACAUCCCUCAGCUGGAGGAUGUCUCUUGCUUCCUGAAAGAGAGAACUGGGUUCCAACUCCGACCAGUAGCUGGCCUUCUCUCAGCUCGGGAUUUCUUAGCCAGUUUAGCCUUCAGGGUGUUUCAAUGCACACAGUACAUCCGGCAUGCUUCUUCUCCCAUGCACUCUCCAGAGCCGGACUGCUGCCAUGAACUUCUGGGACACGUACCAAUGUUGGCUGAUAAGACAUUUGCACAGUUCUCUCAGGACAUUGGACUUGCAUCUUUGGGUGCGACUGACGAGGAGAUUGAAAAACUUUCAACACUUUAUUGGUUCACAGUGGAGUUUGGGCUCUGCAAGCAAAAUGGGAUCAUUAAAGCCUAUGGAGCUGGCCUCCUAUCUUCCUAUGGAGAGCUCAUACACUCUUUGUCCGAUGAACCGGAACUAAGGGACUUUGACCCCGAUGUUACGGCCAUGCAACCCUAUCAAGAUCAGACCUAUCAGCCUGUUUAUUUUGUAUCGGAGAGUUUCAAUGAUGCCAAAGCUAAACUCAGGGUCUACGCAGCACAUAUCAAGCGACCUUUUUCUGUGAAAUAUGAUCCUUACACCUAUAGUAUUGAGCUCUUGGACCACCCACAGAAGAUCUGCCACUCCCUGGCAAAUGUGCGCGAUGAGCUCCACUCAUUAAUUGAUGCGCUCAAUAUUAUCAGCUAA